AUGAACGAUGAUAAUAAAGAAUUUGCUGGAAGAGAUAUAUAUCAAUUGAUCAAGAAUGCAAAAGAUAAAAUAAAAAUCGACUACAAGUUUUGGUGCACCCAACCUGUUCCCAAAAUAAAUGAAGAGUUUAACGAAUCCGUUAAUGAGCCAUUCGUAAAUAGUAAGGUGGAAGAUGUUCGAAAAGAAGAGUACAAGUUACCUACGGGGUACUCAUGGUAUGUGUGUGAUGUAAAGAAUGAAAAAGACCGUAGUGAUAUUUAUACAUUAUUAACUGAUAAUUAUGUAGAAGAUGAUGAUAAUGUGUUUAGAUUUAAUUAUUCUUCUGAAUUUUUAUUAUGGGCUUUAACAUCGCCUAACUAUUUAAAAACUUGGCAUAUAGGAGUAAAAUAUGAUGGCACAAAUAAAUUAAUAGGUUUUAUAAGUGCAAUUCCAACAGAUAUAUGUAUUAACUCAAAAAUUGUAAAAAUGGCUGAAGUGAAUUUUUUAUGUGUUCAUAAAAGUUUAAGGUCGAAAAGAUUAGCACCAGUUUUAAUUAAAGAAAUAACAAGAAGAAUUAAUUUAGAAAAUAUUUGGCAAGCUAUUUAUACGGCAGGUGUUUAUUUACCUAAGCCUAUAAGUGAUGCUAGAUAUUAUCAUAGAUCAAUAAAUGUAAAAAAAUUAAUUGAAAUAGGUUUUUCUUCUUUAAAUCCUAGAUUAACUAUGAGUAGAGCUAUCAAAUUAUAUAGGGUAGAUGAUAUAUUAAAUUUAAAGAAUAUGAGAUUAAUGAAAAAAAAAGAUGUUGAAGGAUUACAGAAACUGUUAAGUAGUUAUUUAGAACAGUUUAAUAUAUAUGCAGUAUUUACCAAAGAAGAAGUUGCUCAUUGGUUUUUACCAAUUGAUAAGGUUAUAUAUACAUAUGUUAAUGAGGAAGGUGGAGAAAUUAAAGAUGUUAUAUCCUUUUAUUCAUUACCAUCACAAGUGUUGGGAAAUGAAAAAUAUAAUAUAUUAAAUGCUGCUUACUCUUUUUACAAUAUUAGUACUACAACUACAUUUAAAAAUUUAAUGCAAGAUGCAAUCGUUUUAGCAAAAAAAAAUAAUUUUGAUGUUUUUAAUGCACUAGAAGUUAUGCAUAAUAAAUCUGUAUUUGAGGACUUGAAAUUUGGAGAAGGGGAUGGUACUUUAAAAUAUUAUCUCUACAACUGGAAAUGUGCGGCUUUUAGUCCCUCCAACGUUGGCAUUGUUCUGCUGUGA